CAGCCGCUGUCCCGGCCUCGCGCUGCACAUUCUCUCCUGGCGGCGGCGCCACCUGCAGUAGCGUUCGCCCGAACAUGGCGACACGGAGCAGCAGGAGGGAGUCGCGACUCCCCUUCCUAUUCACCCUGGUCGCGUUGCUGCCGCCCGGGGCUCUCUGCGAGGUUUGGACGCAGAGACUGCAAGGUGGCCGCGCGCCCUUGCCCCAGGACCGGGGUUUCCGCGUGGUGCAGGGCGACCCGCGCGAKCUGCGGCUGUGGGCGCGCGGGGAUGCCAGGGGGGCGAGCCCCGCGGGCGAGAAGCCGCUCCGGACGCGACGGAGCGCUGCCCUGCAGCCUGAGCCCAUCAAGGUGUACGGACAGGUCAGUCUGAAUGAUUCCCACAAUCAGAUGGUGGUGCACUGGGCUGGAGAGAAAAGCAACGUGAUCGUGGCCUUAGCUCGGGACAGCCUGGCCUUGGCGAGGCCCAAGAGCAGUGACGUGUACGUGUCUUAUGACUACGGAAAAUCAUUCAACAAGAUUUCAGAGAAACUCAACUUUGGUGUGGGAAAUAGCAGUGAAGCUGUGAUCGCCCAGUUCUACCACAGUCCUGCAGACAACAAGCGGUACAUCUUUGCAGAUGCUUAUGCUCAGUACCUCUGGAUCACUUUUGACUUCUGCAACACUAUCCAUGGCUUUUCUAUCCCAUUCCGGGCAGCUGAUCUCCUCCUCCACAGUAARGCCUCCAACCUCCUCCUGGGCUUCGACAGGUCUCACCCCAACAAGCAGCUAUGGAAGUCUGAUGAUUUUGGCCAGACCUGGAUCAUGAUUCAGGAACACGUGAAGUCCUUCUCUUGGGGAAUCGACCCCUAUGACAAGCCAAACACCAUCUACGUGGAACGACAUGAACCCUCUGGUUACUCCACAGUUUUUCGAAGUACAGACUUCUUUCAGUCCCGGGAAAACCAGGAAGUGAUCCUUGAGGAAGUGAGAGACUUUCAGCUUCGGGACAAGUACAUGUUUGCUACAAAGGUGGCGCGUCUCCUGGGCAGUCAACAGCAGUCUUCUGUCCAGCUCUGGGUCUCCUUUGGUCGGAAGCCCAUGCGAGCAGCCCAGUUUGUCACAAGACACCCUAUUAAUGAAUAUUACAUCGCAGAUGCCUCGGAGGACCAGGUGUUCGUGUGUGUCAGUCACAGUAACAACCGCACUAAUUUAUACAUCUCGGAGGCAGAGGGGCUGAAAUUCUCCCUGUCCUUGGAGAAUGUGCUGUAUUACAGCCCAGGAGGGGCCGGCAGUGACACCUUGGUGAGGUAUUUUGCAAACGAGCCAUUUGCUGACUUUCAUCGCGUGGAAGGGUUACAAGGAGUGUACAUUGCUACUCUGAUUAAUGGUUCUAUGAACGAGGAGAACAUGAGAUCAGUCAUCACCUUUGACAAAGGAGGAACCUGGGAAUUUCUUCAGGCUCCAGCCUUCACAGAAUAUGGAGAGAAAAUCAAUUGUGAGCUUUCUCAGGGCUGUUCCCUCCACCUGGCCCAACGCCUCAGUCAGCUGCUCAACCUCCAGCUCCGGAGAAUGCCCAUCUUGUCCAAGGAAUCAGCCCCUGGCCUCAUCAUUGCCACGGGCUCAGUGGGAAAGAAUUUGGCCAGCAAGACCAACGUGUACAUCUCUAGCAGUGCCGGGGCCCGGUGGCGAGAGGCGCUUCCUGGACCUCACUACUACACCUGGGGAGAUCAUGGCGGCAUCAUCAUGGCCAUCGCCCAGGGCAUGGAAACCAAUGAGCUGAAAUAUAGUACAAAUGAAGGAGAGACCUGGAAGACGUUCAUCUUCUCUGAGAAGCCCGUGUUUGUGUAUGGGCUUCUCACGGAACCCGGGGAGAAGAGCACUGUCUUCACCAUUUUUGGCUCGAACAAGGAGAAUGUCCACAGCUGGCUUAUCCUCCAGGUCAAUGCCACCGAUGCCUUGGGGGUUCCCUGCACAGAGAAUGACUACAAACUGUGGUCACCGUCGGAUGAGCGGGGGAAUGAGUGUUUGCUAGGGCACAAGACUGUUUUCAAACGGAGGACCCCCCAUGCGACAUGCUUUAAUGGAGAAGACUUUGACAGACCCGUGGUGGUGUCCAACUGCUCCUGCACCCGGCAGGACUAUGAAUGUGACUUUGGCUUCAAGAUGAGUGAAGAUUUGUCCCUAGAAGUGUGUGUUCCAGACCCAGAAUUCUCCGGGAAGUCCUACUCCCCGCCUGUGCCUUGUCUUGUAGGCUCUACCUAUCGGAGAACAAGAGGCUACCGGAAGAUUUCUGGGGACACCUGCAGUGGAGGAGACGUUGAAGCACGACUGGAAGGAGAGCUGGUUCCUUGUCCCCUGGCAGAGGAGAACGAAUUCAUCCUGUACGCCAUGCGGAAGUCCAUCCACCGCUAUGACCUCGCCUCUGGAGCCACAGAGCAGUUGCCUCUUAGUGGGCUUCGGGCAGCUGUGGCCCUGGAUUUUGACUAUGAACGAAACUGCUUAUAUUGGUCUGAUCUGGCGUUGGAUAUCAUCCAGCGCCUCUGUUUGAAUGGGAGUACAGGGCAAGAAGUGAUCAUCGAUUCUGGCUUGGAGACAGUGGAAGCUUUGGCCUUUGAACCUCUCAGCCAGUUACUUUACUGGGUGGAUGCUGGCUUCAAGAAGAUUGAGGUAGCUAAUUCAGAUGGUGACUUCCGACUUACAAUCGUCAAUUCCUCUGUGUUGGAUCGGCCUAGGGCUCUGGUCCUAGUGCCUCAAGAGGGGGUCAUGUUCUGGACCGACUGGGGGGACCUGAAGCCUGGGAUUUAUCGGAGCAACAUGGAUGGCUCUGCUGCUCAUCGUCUUGUUUCAGAGGAUGUCAAGUGGCCCAACGGCAUCUCUGUGGAUGACCAGUGGAUCUACUGGACAGAUGCCUACCUGGACUGCAUUGAACGGAUCACUUUUAGUGGCCAGCAACGCUCGGUCAUUCUGGACAACCUCCCACACCCCUAUGCCAUUGCUGUCUUCAAGAAUGAAAUCUACUGGGAUGACUGGUCACAGCUCAGCAUAUUCCGAGCUUCCAAAUACAGCGGGUCCCAAAUGGAGAUCCUGGCAAGCCAGCUCACAGGGCUAAUGGACAUGAAGAUUUUCUACAAGGGGAAGAACACUGGAAGCAAUGCCUGCAUGUCCAGGCCCUGCAGCCUGCUGUGCCUGCCCAAGGCUAACAACAGCAGAAGCUGCAGGUGUCCAGAGGGAGUGUCCAGCAGUGUCCUCCCUUCUGGGGACCUGAUGUGUGACUGCCCUCGGGGCUAUCAGCUAAGGAACAACACCUGUGUCAAAGAAGAGAACACAUGUCUUCGCAACCAGUAUCGCUGCAGCAACGGGAACUGUAUCAACAGCAUCUGGUGGUGUGACUUUGACAAUGACUGUGGAGACAUGAGCGAUGAGAGAAACUGCCCUACCACCAUCUGUGAUCUGGACACCCAGUUCCGCUGCCAGGAGUCUGGGACAUGCAUCCCACUCUCCUAUAAAUGUGACCUUGAGGAUGACUGUGGAGACAACAGUGAUGAAAGUCACUGUGAAAUGCACCAGUGCCGGAGCGACGAGUACAACUGCAGCUCUGGUAUGUGUAUCCGAUCCUCCUGGGUGUGUGACGGGGACAACGACUGCAGGGACUGGUCUGAUGAAGCCAACUGCACAGCCAUCUAUCACACCUGUGAGGCCUCCAACUUCCAGUGCCACAACGGGCACUGCAUCCCCCAGCGGUGGGCGUGUGACGGUGACGCAGAUUGCCAAGAUGGUUCUGACGAGGAUCCGGUGAACUGUGAGAAGAAGUGCAAUGGAUUCCGCUGCCCCAAUGGCACUUGCAUCCCAUCCAGCAAACAUUGUGACGGACUGCACGACUGCUCCGAUGGCUCGGACGAGCAGCACUGUGAGCCCCUCUGCACUCGCUUCAUGGACUUCGUGUGUAAGAACCGCCAGCAGUGCCUGUUCCACUCCAUGGUGUGUGAUGGGAUCAUCCAGUGCCGCGAUGGAUCAGAUGAGGAUGCCACCUUUGCAGGAUGCUCCCAAGACCCCGAGUUCCACAAGGUCUGUGAUGAGUUCGGUUUCCAGUGUCAGAAUGGAGUGUGCAUCAGUUUGAUUUGGAAAUGUGAUGGGAUGGACGACUGUGGGGACUACUCUGAUGAAGCCAACUGUGAAAACCCCACAGAAGCCCCAAACUGCUCCCGCUACUUCCAGUUCCACUGUGAGAAUGGCCACUGCAUCCCAAACAGAUGGAAAUGUGACAGGGAGAACGACUGUGGAGACUGGUCUGAUGAGAAGGACUGUGGAGAUUCACAUAUUCUGCCCUCCCCCACUCCUGGGCCCUCCACGUGUCUGCCCAAUUACUUCCGUUGCAGCAAUGGGGCCUGUGUGAUGGACACCUGGGUAUGUGACGGGUACCGGGAUUGUGCAGAUGGCUCCGAUGAGGAAGCCUGCCCCUCGCUUGCAAAUGUCACUGCUGUCUCCACCCCCACUCAGCUUGGGCGAUGUGACCGAUUUGAGUUUGAGUGCCACCAACCAAAGAAGUGUAUCCCCAACUGGAAGCGCUGUGAUGGCCACCGGGACUGCCAGGAUGGCCAGGAUGAGGACAACUGCCCCACACACAGCACCUUGACCUGUAUGAGCAGAGAGUUCAAGUGUGAGGAUGGUGAGGCCUGCAUUGUACUCUCGGAGCGUUGUGACGGCUUCCUGGACUGCUCGGAUGAGAGUGACGAGGCGRCCUGCAGUGAUGAGUUAACUGUAUACAAAGUACAGAAUCUUCAGUGGACAGCUGACUUCUCUGGGGAUGUAACUUUGACCUGGAUGCGGCCCAAAAAAAUGCCAUCUGCUUCUUGUGUAUAUACUGUCUACUACAGGGUGGUUGGAGAGAGCAUAUGGAAGACUCUGGAGACUCACAGCAACAAAACRAACACUGUGUUGAAAGUCUUGAAACCUGACACCACAUAUCAAGUUAAAGUACAGGUUCAAUGUCUGAGCAAGGCRCACAACACCAAUGACUUUGUGACCCUGCGGACUCCAGAAGGGUUGCCAGAUGCCCCUCGAAAUCUCCAACUAUCACUCCACAGGGAAGCAGAAGGUGUGAUUGUUGGCCACUGGACUCCUCCCAUCCACACCCACGGUCUCAUUCGUGAGUACAUUGUAGAAUACAGCAGAAGUGGUUCUAAGAUGUGGGCCUCCCAGAGAGCWGCUAGUAACUCUACAGAAAUAAAGAACUUACUGGUCAACGUUCUGUACACCGUCAGAGUGGCUGCGGUGACUAGUCGUGGAAUAGGAAACUGGAGCGAUUCUAAAUCCAUUACCACCAUAAAAGGAAAAGGUAAAUGA